UGGAUAUUGAAUAUAGUUGUGGGCCUUUGAACAGCCCAGUACAUGAGUGUAAGUUAGAUGGGCCGUUCUAGGGCAGGCACCGACAGAUCUUGGCCUAUGAGAUCUCACGAAUCUACGGUUAUAAAUUACAUUAGUGUAUGUCCAUCGAAUGUUAUUUUGCUUUUGCCCCUUUACCAUAUAAUUUAUAACCGUAGAUUCGUGUGUGGUCCUUGUAAUUCCAGAAUUGCCCAUAACGUGAUCCACUGUGGGGUGGGUGGGUGGUCAAUGUCCAAUAGGCCACGUUUCGUUCAUCUCCCCCAAUGGAUACUCUCUCAUCUGUCACAUCCCUGAACCUCCCUUCUCUUCAACCGCCGCCGCCUAAGUCCUUUUCCGGCCGCCGCUUGCGACCCUCUGCCACCGCGUCGGCGGCGGCUGGUCCACCAAAGUCAUCGUACGUCGUCUCCCUCAAACCCACAGAUUCUUCCCUCUCCUUUACCCACAAAAACCCUAACUUUCCAGGGCACGUAUCAUUCUCAUGCGUGAAGCCGAAAUCUCAUCGGACGCACGAAAAGGCGGCGUCGGGUUAUGCUGCGGCGCUCGUGAGCGUCUGCCAGUCGAAGAAUUGUCUCGGGAGGACGCGGGGAGAUGUUGUGAGAUUGGCGGAGUUUCUCGAGGGAGAAGGAAAGGGGGAGGGGGUGAAGGAACUGGUAAUGGAGAGGGGUGAAUUUGGAAAGUACAUGAAGGGUUUGGUCAAGAUGCUGGCGGAGAGGGGUAGAUUGGGAAUUCUUGGGGAAGUGUUGGAGGAGUUUGAGAGAAUCUGUGAUGAACUUGUCGUUUGGGUUUCUUCAUGAUCAGGUUACAGGUUAUCGAAUCUGCAGGUGUGAUAAACGAUUUAGGUUCGAGUAUUUAUACAAAAGUUGAAAGAUUGUCAUGUACCUCCAUGAAUUGUAUGAUCUGCCACCUUCUGGGUUGACGUAUAUGACUGUUCAGUCCUGCAUAUCUGCCUCUUUGAUAACCCUGCAGGGCUUUUAGCCGCCUUUAACAUGAUAGACCACUGCUGGUUUAGUCUUU